CUGUUCCACUCGGUUUCUAUAAAAUCAAACCAAACAAACUCUCAUUUUCUCAUUGAUUCAUUCAUCUUUGAAGAAAAAGGGUAAAGGUUAACACAGCAAUGGCUUCUUGUUGCAAUUCUUUGAGACUGGAAGGCUUGUUUUCCUCUGCUUUUAGAUCAUCAAAACGACCAUCAAAUCCCAUUCCAACACCUUCUUCCUCUUCUUCUUUCUCUCAUCUCUCUACCCAUGACUUCCCUCUAAAAAACAACUCUUUUUCUGUAUCACACUCGCGUUCUUUUACCAUCAAAGCGUCUUCUUCCUCCACCACCAUUGCUGAGCCUGAAGGCAUCAAGAUAACUUCAGUACCCACCAAACCGAUUGAAGGGCAGAAGACAGGAACAAGUGGACUUAGGAAAAAGGUUAAAGUUUUUAUGCAAGAGAAUUACCUGUCUAAUUGGAUCCAGUCGUUGUUUAAUUCAUUACCACCUGAGGAUUACAAGAAUGGAGUGUUGGUGUUAGGAGGCGAUGGACGGUACUUUAACCGUGAGGCUUCCCAGAUCAUUAUCAAAAUUGCAGCUGGAAAUGGAGUUGGAAAAAUCUUGGUUGGCAGGGACGGUAUUAUGUCCACACCAGCUGUUUCUGCUGUCAUACGAAAGAGGAAGGCCAAUGGUGGAUUUAUCAUGAGCGCAAGCCAUAAUCCUGGAGGCCCCGAAUAUGACUGGGGUAUCAAGUUUAACUACAACAGUGGGCAACCUGCACCUGAAUCCAUCACCGACAAGAUAUAUGGGAAUACUCUUUCUAUUUCUGAAAUUAAAAUGGCUGAGAUUCCCGACAUCGACCUUUCUCGUACUGGAGUUACUAAGUAUGGAAACUUCACUGUUGAGGUUAUAGAUCCAGUGUCUGACUAUUUGGAAUUAAUGGAGAGUGUGUUUGAUUUCCAGCUGAUCAAAAGUCUUCUCACGAGGUCAGACUUCAGGUUUGCAUUUGAUGCCAUGCAUGCUGUUACCGGUGCUUAUGCAAAACCCAUAUUUGUCGACAAGCUUGGGGCCUGCCUGGAUUCUAUAUCAAAUGGAGUGCCUCUUGAGGAUUUUGGACAUGGUCAUCCAGAUCCUAAUCUUACGUAUGCGAAGGAUUUGGUCAAUACCAUGUAUAGUGAGAAUGGGCCUGAUUUUGGAGCAGCAAGUGAUGGAGACGGUGACAGAAACAUGAUUCUAGGUAAAAAGUUUUUUGUUACCCCUUCAGACUCCGUUGCAAUUAUUGCUGCGAAUGCACAAGAAGCGAUUCCAUACUUCCAGGGUGGUCCUAAGGGUUUAGCUCGAUCCAUGCCAACCAGUGGUGCUCUUGAUAGAGUUGCUGAAAAAUUGGGUCUUACCUUUUUCGAGGUUCCCACUGGCUGGAAGUUUUUUGGAAAUCUAAUGGAUGCUGGAAAGUUGUCAAUUUGUGGGGAAGAAAGUUUUGGUACUGGUUCGGAUCACAUUCUCGAGAAGGAUGGAAUAUGGGCUGUUUUGGCAUGGCUCUCAAUUAUCGCAUAUCGAAACAAAGAUAAGAAACCAGGGGAGAAAUUGGUGUCUGUCUCUGAUGUCGUCAAACAACACUGGGAAACGUACGGAAGAAAUUUCUUCUCUAGAUAUGAUUAUGAAGAAUGUGCAUCUGAAGGUGCCAAUAAAAUUAUUGAAUACCUUAGAGAUCUGGCCUCGAAGAGUAAGGCUGGUGAAAAGUACGGAAAUUAUGUCCUUCAAUUUGCUGAUGAUUUUUCAUAUACUGAUCCUGUGGAUGGAAGUGUGGUCUCAAAGCAAGGUGUUCGAUUUGUUUUCACAGAUGGUUCCAGGAUUAUAUUCCGUUUAUCGGGAACCGGUUCAGCUGGUGCAACCGUUCGAGUCUAUAUCGAACAGUUUGAACCAGAUGCUUCUAAACACGACAUGGAUGCUCAAGUGGCAUUGAAACCAUUAAUAGAUUUGGCGUUGGCCGUAUCGAAGCUGAAGGACUUCACCGGAAGGGAGAAACCUACAGUCAUCACAUAAAGAAGCACUGAUACCGAGCCUUGCCGAUAAAGUGCCAUCUCAAGUGAGUCGAGGAUGGUUGAGUUUUCCUUCUUUGCUGGCCUUCCAGUUUUGUUUUAUGUAAUUUAUGUGAAAUAUUUGAAGAAAUAAAUAAAGCAUGUAGGUUCUAGUGCU